AGCUUUUGAGGUUACGUUACGUUGUUUGUUUUGAAUAAGAUAUUGUAUUGCCAUCUAAAAACUUAACAAACUAGUGAAGUGAAAGAGGAAAAUUCAAAAAUCAAAAUAUCCACAAAGUCAAAGGCAAGUUUGCUCAUGAUGGCUUAAUUUUUUUAAACUGACACUAGGUGCCAUGAAAGUUCAGACUGUAAAAAGAGUCCUCUUCGUCGGAUGAAGAUGUUACCCUUGGAGCGAAUUCUUUUUAGAUGAACAACCUCCCUUUUCCGUUUCUGCAAUGCUCGCCUCAUUUCUGGGAUGUUCUCUGAAAAGUAUGAGGAGAGUCCCGCUCAUCCGCAAACUGUACUUUAUAGGUGCCUCUAUCAUUCUACUGACUUGGCUUUUUGUUCGGUACACGCAGGAGACCUUCACUGAAACGUGUCACCACACAGAAGCUUUUCAAGAUAAUCUGCACAGUUUAGCUUCCAGGGUGCACAACGUCCUAGCAGCACUAAAACUUACCCACUUCCUCUGCUAUGGAUCUCUGUGGGGCCAAAUACGGCUCUCUCGUUCGCUUCCCUGGGAGUCAAACGUUGAGUUCUGUGUCUUCAAUGAAGAGUUGAUCACAAAGGAUGAAGUUUAUUUGCAGAGAGUCUUCAAGCAACACCAACUGCUACUCUCUUAUGACUCAAGUGAAGGACUUUAUUCCAUCAUGGAUCCCAAAAUUGGAGGAGCUCUUGUGGAACUAGUUGUCUUUGAAGAAAAUCCCCAGAUUGGAAUGAUGAGGCGAAUAGGCUGGAAACGGCGCCUGCUCCCACCAGAUUGUGAGGCAAUGUCAGCACUCGACUGUUUUCCAACAUAUCUAGUCUCGUCUCCACUUCCAUCAAGAGAAUUUGGAGGAUAUGACUUACCUGUGCCAAGGGAGGGUAUUGAAAUUCAGAAAUACCAUUUUCCGCAAAACUGGUGGAAAGAAGUGCUUCCCAAGAACUGCUGAAUUAGGUAGUCUCAUGUGGUAAUAGUUUUGCAGCGAAUACAUAUUUCUCUGUUCUGACACAACUCCCUGUGUUAUUCAGAAAGACUUUAAUGCUCCCUACUUUUUAAAGUCUGAUGCAUAAUUACAAAAAACUCUGAAAUGAAUGCAGAGAUUUGUCCAUAUUUUGGAAGGUUUGAGAGUUCAUAACACCUACCACAUUAAAUGGGUCAGUUGCGCUGACCACAGAAUCGUGUUUUGGUGCUUGAUUCUUGUAGAUAAGCUAUAAAUAAUAAGAUCCGUCCAAACUGCAACUUUCUAUGUUCAAUUUUAUCGGAGCUAUCGCCCUUUGAAAAGUCGGGUUUUUGAUGUCAUCCACUGCGGUUAUGACACCCUUGGUGUUUUCCACCUUGCUUUUGUAUGAGUUUCACAGUGAACAACCAUUGCCAAUGUACGUCACUCGGACUGAUGAAAGCAAGGUGGAAGAGACCAAAUGUGUCAUUACCGCAGUGAAUGACAUCAAAAACUCGACUUUUCCAAGGGUGAUCACAUGGUUAAUAUUCAACAUAGAAAGUUACUGAUUAAACAGAUCUUAUUGUUUUUAGCUGAUCUACAAAAAUCCAGCAUCAAAACACGAUUCUGUGACCAGCACAACUCACCCAUUUUGGUCAAAAUAUCUUCAAAAGUAAUUGUCAGCUUUAAGAAGAUAAAUUUUGUAGGUAUUUGUCAAAAUAAUACUAUUAUUUCAAAAUAUGAUAACCUGGAGAAAUGAGUGCAAUCAGUCUGAAAACCGUGCCCUAUACUUUUGAAUUUUUAGGACUUAAGGUUUGCAUGUCACCACGCCUUUCUUUGUGUUCAUUCCAACUCUUGAUUACCUAAGUCCUAAUAAUGAAGUAGGAAUAGUACCUCUUCAUGCAUAUAUUUGGUGUUGAACUUUCUAACACGAAAUAAAAUCUAAGUACCCAGGUACUUAACUAGUCUUUUCUUGAGACUCAAAAAAAGUUGAAUGGCUCAUGAAAGCUCUCAAUUUUUUGGGGUUUGAAUACAUUACCAGACUAACUUUUUGUAGUAUUUUACCCUCUGCCAGAGUAGAAAUCAACCACUCAUGAUUUUGUUAGAUUUAUGCACAUUAGCAAUAAAGCUAGAAAAACGCUCAACUCAGUUUGCAAUGUUUCAAAUUUUCUAGUCCUUCAUAAUUUUGCAGCAUCUGUGACAGAGGAUGACAGUAUUUUAAAUGUUUUUUAUGAUUUUAAUUGCUUUCUCAAAAAUAGGUAAGUACUUCCUCAUUUUUAAAAAUUUUUGAAAUUUUGCAAAAAAAAGAAGACAAACCUGAAAUUUGAAAUGAUGCAUCGAGCAGCUACACUUUUCUAGUUUCACUAUUGUUAUGUCUCUUAUUUUUUAGUGGUUUAGAUUUCAUUUUCACAGCUGAUCCGCACCCAGCAAAAAGGGGUUGCAAAAACGUUGUCAUAACAUACCGUUAAAAUAAACAUUACCGAAAUG